AUGAUAUGGGUUCGGGUGCAGUUUCCAGAGCUAUCAAAAUUCAUAGUCUAUUUUGAUUUCCAUCAAGAAAAAUUUGGGGAAAUUCCAUCUCCACCUGAACUCAGAAAUGGUUGGCGAAUAAAUCAUCAGUAUGCAAGCGUGGGAGUCCUUGAAGGUUGUCUGGCUCUGGCUGUUAAUGUUCAGUCACUUGACAUAUGGGUUCUGCAGAGGUACGGCAGUCAGGUGUCCUGGACCAGACAGUUUGUUAUUGAUACAUCGGUUCCUGUGGGGAAUCUUCUCGUUGAAGGCACGUUCAAGCCCCUGCAAGUUCUCGACAAUCGCUACGUAAUACUGCUGAUAUGGUCUGCCCUUGCCAUGGUGUGCUAUGAUUCGAACGAGAAGACAUUCAAGUUUUUCAAGCUUUAUGGGGUUGGAUCCGUCUGCAAAUUUUCUCUGCUCAAGCCUAGCCUUGUUCCUCUGACGGAUGCCCUGAACAUUGAGGAUGACGAUGGAGAUGGUGAUGGCGAUGAGCAGAAUUUCUAG